CUGAUCAAAACCUUUUGACCUAAACGACCUAAGUCCCUAAGCCGCUAAACGAAGUCUGAUCCCCAAUUCACUUCUCUUCUCUUCUGAUCGCGUAUGGCCUGGCCCAUGAUCUCCUCGGUUGUCGAAGAAGUUGACGCCGUGGUCGCGGCAGCACUGGAGCAGCGACUUCGCCUCCUUCACGUCCAGCGACUUCGACUUCGCCUUCGCCGUACGACAGCUGGCUCACCUUCAGCCCCGACCCCCCUCAACCAUCGUUUUGUUUCCCCUCCAAGUGGAACCGCAACUAGACUUGAGGCGGCGAAUUUGUACACGGUCCUUGAGCUUCUCUCCUCUCUUUCUUAUUCCUAUUUGCGUAUUCUCUCAGCUAUGAUGUAGGUGUGAUUGGUCUAUUUGGUGGCUCCCUAUUGAGUAGUGCUAUGCAUGAUUCUUUGAAUUGGUUGUUAGGAGAUGAUAUUGCUCAAGAGGUAGAGGAGCCUACAAUUGAGAACACAGAGUUCUAUGAGCAGGCUGAGAAAGGUACCUUGAUCAUGGUAAAGGGUAUUAGUUUGUGAAACCUAGACGUAUUGUAGAUGGGAGAUACUGAGGUUACAAUGAAGUCUAAGAAGACGGUUUUUGUAACUGUUGGAACUACUAGUUUUGAUGCUCUAGUGAAAGCGGUGGACACACGAGAGGUUAAAGAAGAGCUGUCAAGAAGAGGGUACACCGAGAUUCUCAUUCAAAUGGGCCGUGGCUCCUAUAUUCCCUCAAAGUCUGACGGAGGUGAUGACUCCAUUGCGGUAGAUUACUUCACUUUUUCAUCAAGCAUUGCAGACUAUCUGAGAGCAGCAUCUCUUGUCAUUAGCCAUGCAGGGUCAGGGAGCAUAUUUGAGACAUUGCGGCUUGGGAAGCCUUUAAUUGUUGUAGUUAAUGAAGAUUUGAUGGACAACCAUCAAAGUGAGUUGGCAGAAGAACUAGCAGACAGGAAGCAUCUGUACUAUGCUCGCCCAAAGACACUUCAACACAUUAUAGCAGAUAUGAAAGUGGAGUCCCUCAUUCCAUACCAUCCAGGUGAUGCCACACCAGUUGCCAAGCUUAUCAAUAGGUUUCUUGGUUUUUCAGAGGAUUGAUAGAAGUGUAUGAUUUUGUUACUUGAACUGAAUAUAUCCAUAAGAUGUUAAUUUUGCAUAAUCAAGAUGGAUGUUUUAGUGAAGCAUAAAAAUUCUCUC